AUGGGAGAGAUUCCUCUCAAAUGCCUGGCGGGCGUGGUUGUGAAUGAGGGUCCUGACUUCCACAUCGAGGUCGUUGAAGUCCCCGUCCCUGAGCCCAGUCCCUACGAAGUUCUAAUCAAGCUCAAUACGACUGGACUGUGCAUGUCGGAUGUGCAUUAUAUGCUCAAUGACCUAGGCGUGCCACCUAUGUCACACUUUCAAACUAGGUCUCCUGGGCAUGAGGGCGCGGGGGUAAUAGUCAAAGUUGGGUCGCAAGUAACUUCCCUCAAAGUCGGUCAACGUGCUGGAAUCAAGCCAACUUGGGAUGUUUGUCAUGCAUGUGAGAGUUGUCGAAAUGGCCGGGAGAACUACUGCAAAAAUAGUGUCUCCACAGGACUGCAGAAACCCGGAUCAUACCAACAAUAUGUCGUCUCGCCGGAACGGUACACGGUGCUUAUUCCAGAAGGCGUCAGCGACUAUGUUGCAGGACCAGUGAUGUGCUCAGCAUCCACUAUGCUGCACUCUUUGAAGACGGCCAACUUAUCACCAGGACAAUGGGCCGUCUUCAUUGGGGGCGGAGGUGGCGUUGGCCUCCAAGGCGUUCAGCUUGCAUAUGCUAUGGGCCUCCGUCCCGUGGUGGUCGACACCGGCGCGAAACGGGACGAGUUGAGUCGGAGAUACGGUGCCGAGCAUUUCGUAGACUUCAAAGAGACGAAGGAUCCAGUGGCCGAUGUUCUUACGUUGACUGAUGGCGGCGCCCACGGUGUUUUCGUCACUGCCAUUCAAGCCUACCCUUCCGCCAUGGAUUACCUGGGCGAUCGAGCAGGGGGAAAGCUGAUGUGUAUUGGUCUCGGGGCACCGAAGCGACACACAAUAACACUCGACCCAACAGCCUCGAAUUUUAUGCUUCGCAACCAAUCAGUUACAAGCACAAUCGUUAGCUCUCUUGGUGAGAUCGCACAGGCCCUUGACUUUGCUAAGCGUGGAAAGCUUCAUCUUGAUCCAGAGAUUGUGGGAAUUUCACAAUGGAAUGAAUCGAUUCAGAGACUUAAAAACGGACAGGUUGCCGGGUAA